AUGUCUAUUAAUGCAGCUUCAGAUUAUAAAGCAGAUGAUGAUAUCACACAAGAUACAUAUGAAGAACAUUCCAUUAUCCCAGAUACACCCUCAGCCCUUCACAGCCAAGAUCUGUCAUCUCAUCCUUAUAUACAGGUCCUGUCUUCUCAGUCAUCACAGGAGGUUCAGCAAAAUAAAAGUCACAGAAGGGGUGCUGGACAUCAAAGAGAUUGUGCAGGGAAGAAGCAAUAUUCAUGUUCAGUAUGUGGAAAAUGUUUUACUUCUAAAUCAAGUCUUGUUGAACAUCAGAGAACUCACACAAGGGAUAAACCAUUUUUAUGUUCAGAAUGUGGAAAAUGUUUUACUUUUAAAUCACGGCUUGUUAGACAUCAGAGAAUUCACACAGGAGAGAAGCCAUUUGUAUGUCCAGAAUGUGGAAAAUAUUUUACUCAGAGAUCACAUCUGUCUGAACAUCAAAAAAUUCAUAUUGGAGAGAAACCAUUUUCAUGUUCAGAAUGUGGAAAAUGUUUUACUCAGAGAUCACAUCUGUCUGAACAUCAAAAAAUUCAUAUUGGAGAGAAGCCAUUUUCAUGUUCAGAAUGUGGAAAAUGUUUUACUCAGAGAUCACAUCUGUCUGAACAUCAAAAAAUUCAUAUUGGAGAGAAGCCAUUUUUAUGCUCAGAAUGUGGAAAAUGUUUUACUUCCAAAUCAUGGCUUGUUCAACAUCAGAGAACCCACACAGGAGAGAAGCCAUAUUCAUGUGCAGAAUGUGGAAAAUGUUUUACUCGAAAAGCAAACCUUGGUGUACAUCAAAGAACUCACACAGGAGAGAAGCCAUUUUCAUGUUCAGAAUGUGGAAAAUGUUUUACUGACAAAUCAAGUCUUCUUAGACAUCAAAGAACUCACACAGGGGAGAAGCCAUUUUCAUGUUUAGAAUGUUGGAAAUGUUUUACCCGGAAAUCAGACCUUGUUGUACAUCAAAGAACUCACUCAGGAGAGAAGCUGCUUUCAUGCUCAGAAUGCGGGAAAUGUUUUACUAAGAAAUCACAUCUUGUUCAACAUAAAAGAACUCACACAGGGGAGAAGCCAUUUUCAUGUUCAGAAUGUGAAAAAUGUUUUAUUGACAAAUCAAGUCUUCUUAAACAUCAAAGAACUCACACAAGGGAGAAGCCAUUUUCAUGUUCAGAAUGUGGGAAAUGUUUUCCUGGGAAAACAAAUCUUGUUCAACAUCAAAGAACUCACAGGGCGGAGAGGCUAUUUUCAUGUUCAGAAUGUGAGAAAUGUUUUACUAAUAAAUCAGGUCUUGUUGAACAUCAGAGAACUCACACAGGUGAGAAGCCAUUUCCUUGUUCAGAAUGUGGGAAAUGUUUUACUAAGAAAUCAAAUCUUGUUCAACAUGAAAUAACUCACAUCAGAGAACUCACACGGGGGAAAAACUGUUUUCAUGUUCAGAAUGUGUGA